GCUGCGGGCGCUCGCGCCUGUCAGUCGGGCCGGAGCGGAGCGGCGGGCAGGGCGGCCGGGCGGCAGCUCCGCGCAGAGGCUGCGCCCACCGGCCGGGGAAGGCGAAGAGCCGGCCGCCGCCUGCGGGGCCCAAACGCACGGUCCUCGGACCUGAAGCGGGCGAGACGCCAGGCGGCGCGAGGCUGAGGUCCCGGGAGCCCCGCGCGCCGCCCCGGCCAGGGCGCUUGAGAGAGAGCCCGGUGCGCGCCGCGCCGGCUGCACCUCGCGAGCUCGCAGUCCGGGUGCACCGUCCUUCGGGCCGUCCCUCCUACUUCCUGCUCCACCCGGACCGGUUAUUUCCAGGCGCCGAGGCCCCCUAGGCUGCACCCGAGCCUCCCUCCGCCGGCCGCCGCCGCCGCCGCCGCCUCGGCUGCCGCUGCUUGCCGGCUUCCCCUCCCCCCACCCCGGGGCCCGGAGGAGGAGGGGCCGCGCCUUCUUGCCGCUGCUCUUUGCAACCUGCGGAGGCUGGUGCAUGCCCGGCGUGGGCCCGGGCCGCUGCAGGUGCGUGCACCCCCGGAGGAGAGGACUCCCCCAGCCCCGGCCGGACCUGGGGGCUGCGAGCCGCGGGCGGGCGGCCGAGCCGGAGGAAGCAACAAAGACAGGCUGCAGCCGGGGCCGGCGAGGGGCCGCGGCCGCCGGCUCCCGGCGCGGGCUGAGGGCGCCCGCGGAGCGGCGCGGGCUGAGCUGCCGCCCUGAGCGGGGCCCGGGGGGUUGGCGCAGCGCCCCCCGCGGGACGCGGUGAGCACCAGCCCGGCCGGGAUGCGCCGCGGGAGCGCCCUCGCGGCCUGGGUCCCUGGCGGCCGCGACCCCCGCUGAGCGGAGACACCUGCACCUCCGGCUUCGGGAGGCGCGGGCCUCGCUGACAGCGCCCCUUCCACCCGGAGGGAGGCAUCGCCGUUCCCGUCACCUCUGCAUGGCUGUCACCCCGCGAGCGGAGCGGCGCCGCUGAGCCCUGCUGACCCGGCGAGACGGCGGCCAGCUCCAUGCAUUCCUCCCGCUACCCGAGCCCGGCCGAGCUGGACGCCUAUGCCGAGAAGGUGGCCAACAGCCCGCUGUCCAUCAAGAUCUUCCCCACCACCAUCCGCGUGCCGCAGCACAAGCACCUGGGCCGCACCGUCAACGGCUACGACACGUGCGGCCAGCGCCACGGCCCCUACCCGCCGCCCGCCGGCUACCAGGGCCUGCUGGCCGUGGUCAAGGCCGCCGUCUCCUCCGCCGCCGCGCCCGCCGCGCCCGUCAAGGGCGUGCUCAAGAGCGCCGAGGGCAAGCGGACCAAGCUGUCGCCGGCCGCUGUGCAGGUGGGCGUCGCGCCCUACCCGGCGCCCAGCACUCUGGGGCCCCUGGCCUACCCCAAGCCCCCCGAGGCGCCCGCCCCGCCGCCCGGCCUGCCCGCGGCCGCCGCCGCCAUCCCCCUGCCCGGCCGCGGGCAGGCCCUGCCGCCCUCCAGCCUGCCCUCCAUCCACAGCAUCCUCUACCAGCUCAACCAGCAGUGCCAGGCCCCGGGCGCGGCCCCCGUCGCCUGCCAGGCCGCGGCCGUGCCCCAGCCCAGCCCGGCCAAGCACGGCCUGGUGCCCAGCUUCCCCGGCCUGGCCUACUCGGCCGCCGGCCUGCCCGACUGCCGCAGAGGCGCCGAGCUGGGCCCGGGGAGCGCGGCCUUGACCUUGGCCGGAGCCGCCAAGCCGGCGCGGUGCGUGGACGGCAGCCUGGACUACCUGCUGUGGCCGCAGAAGCCGCCCCCGCCGCCCCCGCCCCCGCGGGCCUUCAGCGGCAAGUCCCCGGAGGCGUGUGCGGGGCGGGCGUACGCGCGGCCGGGCGGGUCCCCGCUCACCCGCGGCGUGGGGCUGCCCGGCCUCGCCGUGGGCCAGUACCUCGCGGCGCCCUGGAACAGCACGCUGGUGACGCCCACCAGCGACGGCUACAACCCGGCGGGGGCCGGGGCGGAGCGGGGCCCCGGGGGCGCCCGGGAGCUGGGGGCGCCGCCCGCCGAGGCCCUCCCGGGCCUGCCCAGCAGGGGCGCCUGCGGCUCGGCCGCCCUGAGCAGCAGCCUGCAGUCGCUGGAGUAUCUCAUCAAGGACCUGCGGCCGCCCUGCAUCAAGGAGCAGAUGCUGGGCAAGGGCUACGAGACGGUGGCGGUGCCCCGGCUGCUCGACCACCAGCACGCCCACAUCCGCCUGCCCGUCUACAGAUAAGGCCCGCCCGGCGGCGCGGACGGACGGACGGACGGACGGACAGGGCGCCGGCGGGAGGCGGGCGAGGACAGCGGCCGAAGCGCAGGGGCCCCGGGUGCCGCCGGGAAGCCGGGCUGGCCGCUCCGGGCCCGUGGAGGUCUGGCAGGUGACCUGGCUCACCGAGGCCCCGCCGCCCACAUCUGCGGCCCCCCAGCACGGGGAGGGCCAGGCAGAGGGCAGGGAGAGCCCACCUUCCCGCCGUGUUCCUCUAGCUCUCCGGAGAGGAGCUCGGGCCAGGGUGGGAGCAGGAAGACAUGUGGGCUUAGGUCAGGGGGGCCCAUAGCCCCCCGGGGUCAGACAGCCCCCACACCCCCCCCCGGGCACCUGGGGAAGCGGCAGAGGAGUCAGCGGUCCCGCAGGGCCCCCCACCAGCCAACCCAGGUGAAUGCCACUCAUGGGGGCUCCAGGGACCACCGGCCCCCCCCCCACCUUAGGCUCUCCUCCCCCCCCUCACUCCUUCCCAACACAGAGAAACCGCACCCCACCCCCUUCCCCACCCCGGCUCCCGCCCCUCCCUGCUCUCCGGGGCCCCCCGGGCUGCUGGCACAGCGUGGGCCGCACCAGCAUCGCACAGGGCACCUCGUCUGGGGGACGCAUCGCCCCCAGACGUGUGUCUGUGAGGGGACCUCCCUGAGCCUGAGGCGGGUGCCCCCCCAUUCGCACAAGGGACUGCCCACCGUCCUCGGGGGCCUCUUGGGGAGCCGGGGCGGGAGCUGCUGGUUUUCACUGGGAGACCCCGGGCAGCUCCCUUCCUGCCGGAACCCCCAGAGCCCCCACACCAUCCGGGCGAGGGAGGCGGCCGGCCCCCGGGCCCGCCCCCCACCGGCCCCUGGCCCCGGAAGCGGUACUGUAUCUCUCCAAGGCCUGUCGAGCACUAAGUGCAUUUACAAAUCUCUGAGAAUGUUUUUUAUACGGAAAUUGACCAUUAUAUUCUACUGUGAGAAGUGCCGUCUGCACUGUAUUGUUUUAAAAACGAAGAGGAAGGAGAAAAGGAAA